AUGGCCAUCCAUCCAUCCAUCCAUCCAUUCGGGCAGUUCACCACAGAACCACCUCGAAUAUCUGUCCCGAUUGGUGCGUGUAGUAGAUCCCAAACCGAAAGAAAUGGGAAGAGGUAAAGUGAUUGACGACGCCGUCAAGAAUUUCGCAGUGACCGGAAAAGAUCAUCACUUCCUCGUCGACGCUGAUCUUGAGGAGGAAUUCUCCGAUUCCUUUCGUUGUUCCGUUUGCCUGGAUCUUCUAUACAAACCCAUUGUGCUCUCUUGCGGCCACAUUUCCUGUUUCUGGUGUGUUCACAAAUCUAUGAGUGGUCUGAGGGAGUCUAAUUGUCCAAUUUGCAGGCAUCCAUAUAAUCACUUUCCAACCAUUUGUCAGAUGCUGCACUUCUUGCUCUUCAAGUUGUAUCCUAUGGUGUAUACGAGGAGGGAAGAGGAAACUCUAGAGGAAGAGAUGGAAAUGGGCUUCUUCUCACCACAAUUUGGCUAUAAAGAAUGCAACAGUGAUCUAAAACAUCAUCAUCCAAGGGAUCGAAAGCAUGCACUAGACAGUUGCUUCUUCAGGAAUGGGGAAUUUUGUGCAAGUACACAACAAAUAGAGUCUGUUAAGUCUGUUUCCAUGAUUCAAGCUCCCACUAUGUCUAUUCCAAACAAAGCUUGUGAUGAAAAUUGCUGCAUGAUCAAACCUGACAGUGUUGAAGAAAACCAUUUGCCUGAAGAUAAGUCAAACAGAAAUUGCAAGCAGGUUUCAAUUGCUGAUGUACAAUGCAGCACAUGCAAACAGCUUCUCUUUCAUCCAGUGGUUCUUAAUUGUGGCCAUGUGUAUUGUGAAACUUGCAUUGGUCCAGUGAAUGAGAUGCUUACAUGCCAAGUUUGUCAGAGUUUGCAUCCAAGGGGUUUUCCAAAAGUGUGUUUGGAGUUUGAUCAUUUUCUAGAGGAAUACUUCCCUACAGAAUAUGCCAUGAGAAUAGAAGCUGUUCAGGCCAAACAAGUGCCUGUCAAGUUUCAGCACCCAAUCACUUGUUCUACUAAGGCUAGUGAAAAGAGUUUUCAAUCAUCUUCAGUGACCGCAAGAGAGAAAUUAUCAUGGCGGGCUGACCCUCAAUCGAAGGUUCAUGUUGGAGCUGGUUGCGAUUCUUGUGGGGUAUAUCCAAUAGUUGGGGAUAGAUACAAGUGCAAAGAUUGUGUUGAGGAAAUAGGUUUUGAUCUCUGUGGAGACUGCUACAAUACUUGCUCCAAGCGACCUGGACGGUUCAAUCAGCAGCAUACCUCGGAACACAAGUUUGAGCUUGUAAAGUCAAAUAUUAUUCAUAAUAUAAUGUUGAGGUUGGCGACUGGACAGUUGGAUAGUGCUUCUGCUUUUGCCAACCACGAUGAUGCUUCAGGAAUUUCUGAAAAUGAAUCCCCUGCUCCCAUUUUGUCUGGCGAUGCUCAAGACAGUAGCAGGAACAGUUUGGCUAGUGCUGUGACCCACCCUGAUAGUGCAGAGGAUGAAAACGAGACCCAAACAACCAGGUAAAAUGUUUUACCUUGAGCAUAUAUUGCUUGAUUUGGUGGGAUUAUCUAUGUAUUAGUUGCCUCAGAUCAAACCCCCUAAAAAGCGAGAGAAAAUAAGAGGAAAAAAACUCCCAUUGCUCGGUGCAAUGCAUUUCUAGUCUAUUUCCUUGCGAAUCACAAAGAUCUGAUGGAGUUUUGUUCUCACUGCACUUGUGAUAAUUCACUUUAUAUCAGAACCAUCUCCCAAUUUUAACCGCCAUUGGCGGUUGUAUAUCAUGUAUCAUAGUGUAAAAAUCGUCUGCUUGUGCAAGAGUUAUGAAUCAGCAGUGCUCGCAUCUAUUUGCUUUCCUUGAUAAACACACUGUAUAUUGCUGCUCUUUUGUAUAAUAAAUUUAUAUAAGCAGUGC